UAGAGACUGAGGAAGGGGGGGAGGUUAAUGUUAUGGUGAGAGACUACGUGUGCGACCACCGGCGUUGGGGCAGUGAAGGAGACGAGGUCGUGCUACGAUGUUCCCGGGUGGAUCGUCAAAGCCGCCCUUUCUGUAGCUUUAAAACAAGACCACAAGACAUGUGACUGCACAACUAGGAAGUAGACUCGGUGACUGCACAUAGAGUAAUUUAGUAUGUAGAAUAUACGCGCAUUAAAUGUAAAUGAAGGGGGUUUAAUUAACGUAUUGCUAAUGUCAAAAUAGUUAUUUUGUGAAAUUCUUUGUCCUUUUCUGCGCUUUUCUAGUUCUCCGCUAGGCAGGACACUGAAAUUACGAAGUAAUUGAAUUUUGUUGUGGUUCUAAAUCAUCAUUUCGAGAUUACGUCUUUGCCAUUGACAUCUGCUUACGACUCGAACAACGGAGGACGUGAAAGGACGAACAGAAUUAAGAUACAUCCUUCAGUGCUUGAAGAAUAUGAGUCUGGACGGAUUAUGCAACACGUCUGGGCGUGGUAAAGAGAAGAAUCCCAGUGCUCCUGACCGGCAUCGAACUCUGUUAGUACAAUAUUUAGAGCGUCACUACAAACGCAGCUAUCCGUCAGUCCAAAUGAACCAGCCCCUGAAACGAACUUGCCCUGUGCUCAUACUCGCCCAUCACGAAAACAACCUCUGACUGACACCUCAUUCAGCUAGUUAACCACACACAUCGCCACAAACUCAAAAGACCCCCGAGGAGAAACCCAACCGCAGAGGAAGAAGAUUUCGAGGAACUUGGAGAGUCGUGGCCAAUAUUCCUGUUUGCGGUUUCGGAAAUUAAUGCAAAGAAUGGAGAUUUUUUUCAGAAUGAAUGUGAAGUACGAAAUUGUCACAGGGCUCGCAUUAUUUCCUGAGCAAGCAGCCAUGCUUACAGCUUAAACGAUCCGUUCUCUCGAAUAUGUGUGCGGGUGUGAAAUCGUAACUUGGACUUGGCAGAGAAAAGUCACAUUAUACGUGUAUCAGUGUUUUACGUUAUCUUCAAGUAAACAUCGCUGUAAUUAGGGAGGCCUUAACCGAGAUUAAAUUUUGUCACUAUAAGUUCGUCGUAAAUUGCAUUGUGAUCUAAAGAAGUGAACAUCUUUCAGGGUCAAUACUAGUAAGUGAAGGUUCCUGUUAUAGACUGCAUCUGAAAAAUCAUGCGUGUGAAACUGUUCUAAUUGAGUAACUGGUAAGGUUAUAGUGUUGGUGACAACGACAUGGCUGAUACUAGUUGUAAUCUGCAGCAAGGGGACUCUCUGAAGAGAAUUAAACAGACCAUAAUUGCCGAAGUGCCAGCUUACCUCGAGUUCGCAGGAGGAAAUUUAAUAAAAGAUUUAGAAAAUGACAGUGAUGGUAUCACUUAUAAAAUUUUGGAUUGCUCUGUUAAGUUAGUGGAUCCACUUCAACUAGGAUUUCAUGCUGCAUCGGACAUGUAUGAGGCAGAAAUACAUAUAGAAGGCAACAAUAGCAAACAGGUACACAGUGUGAUGGUGAAAGCAGUGCCAUCUAAUGCAAUACUAAGAUCAUUACAAAAUUCUGAAGAUCAGUUUUUUAACGAAAGCAAGAUGUUUUCUGAAAUAGUUCCAUUGUUGCUUCAGACUUGCGCUAAGUCAUCUUGUGGAGAUAGGCAUUCUUAUAAUUUGUCGGCAGUUUGUGACUUGUUCCCAAAAUGUUACUACGUUUCGCCAGAUCCUGAAAACGGCAUGAUCAUACUACAGGAUUUGAGAACACUUGGAUACAAGAUUGGAGGGGAUAAGACGAUGGUAAUGGAUUACGAUCAUAUUGUAUUGGCUCUAGAAGGGCUGGCAAGAUUUCAUGCUUUGUCUUACGUAAUGAAGAAGAAUGAUUUCGGUAGAUACGAACAACGUGUUGUGACUCAGAUACGAGAUGCAAGGCGUUUCGUGAGGAAACAGGCUGUAUCAAAUUCGAUAACUGUAGGUUACUCGGAGUUCAUGCGUCACACUACAAUGUUGGCGUUGGACAAGUUCAUCGAGAUGAAGCUUGAUGUGGGUGGAUUGUAUACGGAUAAAAUUAUAAGGGUGCGACAAAAGAUAGAAGAUUGUAGUGCACUUCUGAGGGAACUACUAGCACCCGAAGAACCGCUCGCGGUUCUGUGUCACGGUGACUUUAACAGGAACAACAUGCUUUUCCGGUAUGAUUCAGGCGGCAAACCUGCCGAAGUGAAGUUUCUUGAUUUUCAAAAUCCGUUCUAUGCUUCUCCUGCCAUAGAUUUGUCGUUUUUCCUGUUCGUGAACGCUAGUCCAGAUCUUUUGGGAAACUGUUGGGAUGGACUGUUCUCCACAUACCAUCAAACACUUCUGGAUGCACUUUCAGAGUUUCUGAACUGCCCGCAAGAGGAUCUGCUCCCUGAGUUCGGUAUUGAAGCUUUCAGGAACCAAUUUUCUAAAUAUUCUCUUUAUGGUUUUAUGUUAGCGACUUCUUUUAUCAUAGCAAGUGCAGAUAACGACCCAUCUGAUGUGAAUCCCUUUGAAAUGUACAAUAAUGGUAUCCCAACUCUGCAGGAAAUGGACAUUUAUGUAAAAGAAAAUGUAAAAUUGGUCAAAGUUGGAAUUAUUGAUAGGGUGUUGCAGCUGACUCAAAAGCUGCUGGAUGAAAUUUGUCUGUAAAAAUGGUGCAAAACUGUGUGUGAUUACGGUUUGCGUGACACUCUAAAUAAUUUUCUGGUGGAGUUAAAUGUGAAAUAUUCUCCUCAAACAGCAGCUUUUCAUCAUAGCUCUUAAAAAAUAAACUUUUCGUCGUCGUAUUUGUGACUAAAAUCUUACUGAGGUAGCUCUCAAUAACAUUGCUGCAGCCGCAUUAUGGGAACCAAUUUUUUUAAAAAAAUUGUGUGUAAGGGCUUAGAUAUACGCCAACUAAACCACACUUUGGGGCCUCAAGAUGUGAGGAGCCUGUAAAAUGUUUUAACACUUAAAUUAAUCUGUUGUGUACUGUUAAUCUUAGCUUAUACGGUUGUCUCUGUACAUCAGUGCUAAUAUAACGCUUUCACACACA